AUGCCCAAGAAUAUGGACAAUUUCGUACCAAGUACGCCACCAGCUCUUUUCAUUCCAAAGAAGAAAGAAACUCCGCCUAAACUCUCGUUGAGCGACAUGCUUGCCGCCAAAGAAGCUGCGAAAUCAUCUCCCAAACAAUCUGUCGCAGUUUCUGAGAUGUCAGGAACUGCUAAUACCUAUGUAUUUGGUGCUGCUAGUAAUGCUCGUUCACCUAACGCCUUUCGGCUUGGAGCAACAGCAAAUUCUCCAAUGCCUACGACAACUAUGGCUCUCGAUGUCGAAAAGACGCGCAAGCUUGAGAAGGAAAUCAAACGACUCACUCACAAGCGGGAUGAGUCUUUGAAGGAGUUGAAACGAGAGAGAGCUAUUAGUGCAAAGACAAUUGCAGACCUCACAGUGGUAAUCCAAACUGCUGAAGCCAACAGUACACAGAUAAUCGCAGACUUAAACACGGCAAUUAACAUUGUUGUGGAAGAGAAAAAUGAGUUUGAAAGGAACUAUAUGACCGUCUUUGACGCUCUCAGCCAAGCAAAUGACACGGCAGAUGAGGCAAAUUAUCAUGCCGAUCAAUGCGAUGACAAGGUCAAACGCUUAGAGAGGGAAAAAUCGAACCAAAACACCAUUAACCGACGCUUGAACGAGUUGAUAAAAGAUCUGAGGGCCAAGGUUGGCGGCUUUGAGGACGUGAUAGAAGUGAAGUUGGAUGAAAUUCAGGUAGCAGAGACAGAAGUCAGAGUCAAGACUGAAGAGUUAAAGGUGUCUCAAGGCGAACUCGAAGCCGUGAAGCUAGAAGCUUCCAGAAUUUCCUUGAAUCAUGAGCAGAACGAUGCAGGUGAUCGUCUCAAAGCUCUUGAAGGGGAGCAUCAAGAACUCGUCAAUAAACUCCAAGGGUUGGGAGACGAGAAGGCAAAGUUGAUGCUUGAGGGUCAGACUAUAUUGAAUGAGCGAGACCAGCUCAAACUUCAGCUCAACGAUGCUGCUGUCAAAGUCAAUACCCUGCAGCAAGAUCUCGUUAGAGUUCAGACUGAAAUCACGCAAGCUCAGCCUCGUAUUUGGGAACUUCAGCGGACAGCAGACAGAGCUACUGCCUUGCAUAUCGAGAACAAGUCACUCGGGAAAAAACUUGAGCAAGCCAAUUGUGACCUUGCACAAAUAAAACUUAACCAUGCACAAGCUAUCGAAGCUAAAGAUCAGAUUAUCUCCGACAGCAACCACGCUCUUCUCGAUUCGAAUCCCAAAGAUACUUCCAACGUGCAGAGCGAGCUCCAUAAAUCAAUUGAGGAACUUCAAGCCCAGAAUCUCAUUCAGGCGACUGCUCAUCAGAACGAGAUCGCUGUAUUUGAAGCGAAGAUUAUUGAGUUGUCUGAAGGUCAUGAAGCAAAGUUACUUUCUCUGCGGGAUUCCUAUGAAUCCAUUGUCACUAACAAAGAGGAGACGAUUGCUCAAGCGAAAGCACAAGCUGGGUCUGCUGAUAAAGAUGUCGCUUCUCUCAAAUUCGAUCUUUCGAAGGCCAGGGGAUCUGCUGAUGUUCUUCAAAUGAAACUCUACACACUCCAAGGCGAUCUCGGUACUUCCCACAAAGUUGUGCUUUCUCUUCAAGGUGAAGCAAAACAUAUGCGGAAUGAAUUCAAUGUCCUUAAAGACGAAAUGACCUCGACGCGAAAUCUCCUCGAAAACGUCAGCCAGAAGACGGAGUCAGUGAAUAAGCAGUUGGCGGAAAAGAAAGAAGAGCUUGAGGCAGAGAAGAGUGCUCACGAGGCUACGAAAGCCAUACACGCUGCACCUGUCGAUCAACUUGCCAAAGAGAAACACAGCUCAAAUUCUGUCGUUACUGCUAGUACCAGACAGCGAAUGACUGUUACCCGUCGUACCGCCUUCCACCCAAUUGGACCCCCAGUUAUCGAUGAAGAGGAACCUGAAUUCAUGAAUGAGGAUUCUCUUUUGCCAGUUCUUCCAGCCAAAAUUACGGGCUGCAGGGGUGUAGUACCAGCGCUGAUUCCUCGUUUUGAUUUUGAGGAUGAAAAGUUAUUUUCACCCAGUCCUGAGGAACGUCUCGAGUAUGCUAGGUUUGUAAUCAGGGAAUUUACUCACCUAGAAAUUUCGAAGUUUCAAUCUAUGAAUAGCGUACCUGUUGACGUCACCAUUUCUGAUUCUGUUACCGAUUCUGUUCUCAAGGUAGAAGAGCCUAUAGUCAAGGGUGAUCUAACACAGGCGACUGAGGAGGAAAAGCAGAAUGCAGAAGCUCCUAUAACCUCAUCAGUGGUUGUUAUGGCAGCAGCUCCUAGGAAGAAGCAUGUCAGAACUCCAUCUGCAAUUUCCCGAUUUUCGCUGGUCCUCUUCUUCCUCUUCGUUAUCUCGUUCAUCGCCAUGACCACAAAGGUGGCUCCUACCAAGAGAGGACCAGUUUUGUCGAUUGGAAUGAGCAGUGCCAUAGCCAAAACUACGACACCGCUUAUUUCCACGACUAUUUCUACAGAUCCCAUAGUGGCUACGGUGACUAUCGUGGUCACAGUCUCUGUAGAAGAGCCAAAGUCGACGGAACUGGUCGCUCCCGUCUCUUGGGACAAAGUCUCUUUACAAGUACUUUAUCCUACCAGAAUAUUGCGACUCGGUGAACAUAUCCUAGAGAGUACCUUCCAUUAUUGGAAGACUCUCGAGGUUCGGAUCCUCCGAGUCGUCAAUAUUUUCCGCCGUGGUGAUUAA